AGCUGCUGCUGCUACUGGUCAUGAACGGGAACGGAAUUCAAAGCGCCCUUCUUCUUCUUCUUCUUCUUCUUCUUCUUCUACUUCUCCUCCUUCGUUGUUUCCGAAACUAAGGCAGCUGGAACUCUGGAAUAUGACUAACAUGGAAGUGUGGGAUUGGGUAGCGGAAGGCUUUGCUAUGCGUCGCCUCGACAAAUUGUUCCUCGUAAAUUGCCCCAAGUUGAAGUCUCUACCGGAAGGCCUGAUCCGACAGGCAACCUGCUUAACCACAUUGGAUCUGUGGGAUGUGUGUGCUCUCAAGUCCAUCAGAGGUUUCCCUUCUGUGAAACAACUGAGUAUAAGUGGUGAAUCAGAUCUGGAGAUUGUUGCUGAUCUCCCUGCACUGGAGGUCUUGAAUUUGGGCGGGUUUUUGCUUCCAUACAAACAUUUACCAGAGUGGUUGACGGCUUGCCCUGCAAGCUUCACCACACUCCAGAGACUGGACGUACGGGGAACCACCCAACUCCUCCGCAGAUGCCUCCAAAAUGGCGCAGACUGGCCCAUGAUCGAACACUUUCCAAUUUUAUCCAUGAAAGAUGACGGAGGCAAUUAUAUAAACUACAUCAAGCAUUCCUGCACCUUCGAGACAAACCUAGUCGAUGAUGAUGCUCCUUUUGCUGCUGCUGCUGAAGAAGAAGACAUCAAUGAGCUUUGAGGGAGAUGGACAUCAUUCACGAUGUAAUUGGCAGUCAAUGUCUAAUAUGAUCAUUGCAAAUGGAGCUGACCAUGGAAAGUCCGAGACAUUUGAGAAGAAGCACAGAUAUCGAGGUUGGUUGCGACACAUACUACAUUCCUAUGAUAUGGUGAUGAAACUAUUUUGGCUUUCUUUCUGUCUCUGUUGCAUAUACUUCCUGCAAUGUACAUGCUGCUAGUGCCCGCUUCCCUCCGAUCUGU